AUGAAAACUGAAUGUCAUCUGGAAACUGUUUCGCAAUAUCUGUCAGCUACUGAAAAAUAUCAUAAACUUAAAAGGCUUUUUGGUGAAGCGCCUUCUUGUUUACCAUCAAAUCGUUUAUGUGAAUUGCUGUAUUGGGGCUGUCGAAGGAUACAAUUGUGGCUUUACGUGGAAAUAGAUAUUGAAGAUUUAUUAUCGAAUCCAUUUAAUACACAGCCUCCUUCGCUGAAUGAAUUGAUUCAUGCAACAGGCUUUAAUAAGGAUUGGAUUAUGUUUAUGUAUCGAAAUUUUAAACAGGUCUGUUCAAAUGGACGGAUGUCAUUGCAACAAUGGAGACGAAUAUUCCAAUUAAUAUUUCCCAAAUCGGCAAAUACCGAAUUUGCUGAUCGCGUAUUUCGGACAAUUGCUGGUAGUAAAACUCGGAAACAUAUCACUUUCGAGAAAUUGAUAUUAUGUUUGCAUGCAAUAAGUGAAUGUUAUUGUGCUUAUGCAUCGACAAGCUCUCAAAAUUCAUCUGCUCAUUUUUCAAAGAUAGCGCAAUUUGUUUUCCUCUUAAUGGAACCGGAUAAUAAAGAACGAAUAAAUUUGGAUUCUUUUGAAGAUUAUGCUGAAGCUGUGUUCAGUUUAAAUGUCCCAUCCGUAGUUUGUAACUCAGAACAGUUAUUUAGUCAAAUGCUUAUUUCUAAUGAUCAUAAUGAUACGCCGUCUAAGCCAUUUCAAUUUUCGCCAAAUUUCAAGCAUUAUACAUUGCAAUGUUUCAAUGAAAUGGAUAAUGAUAACGAUGGAUUGAUAACUGUGAAUGAUGUGGAAAGAAUGUUAGCGUCUGAAUGUAAUUCGAUGCGCCUUUUCAAAGAAGCUCAUUUAUUGCAUUCCUAA